AUGUUCCCCUACAAGCUGCUUUGUACUUUGCUUUGUGACACCGGAAAUGCUCGGGAUGCUCUUUAUGCUGAGGAGUUGGGUCGAGCUAGAGGCCUAUCAGACUUAAUGGCAGAGAAGUACUCGGUUGAAACGCACAUCUCUACUAAUCCACAAUCUUGGGUUGGCAUUGAGAACAUUUUAAGAAAGAAAAAUAACUGUACUUGUCUGUACAUUUCUUAUUUUCAGAAUCGUCUGCAUUUGUGGAUCUUGAAAACAAGUGGAGUCCUUCACUAUAGAAGAGUAUCACCAGAAGAGAAUCUAGUUCAAGCUGGGUUGCCCAAAGAAUUGUCUUUGAGUCAAUUUUUGGAUGAUAAUUUCCAGAGUCUUGGUAUUUUGCCUACUAAAGAUUGUGAAGAUCGGUCUUUAAAUACGAUUAAACUGCAACCUCUCUCCCCCGCACAAAAGAGCUCAGCAAGAUUGCGACUCGUGGAGGAGGACGAAGACGAGGACGUGGACGAAAAAGUGAUUUCAAGUCUAUCUUUGUGUUACAAAAUGUUUAUUGCUCCCGUUAAUGAUUUUCUCGAGGAGCCUGAAGUCAUUAUUGUUCCUGACCGCAGGUUGUACAAAGUUUCUUUUGCUGCCCUGAGUGAAAAGGAGGGAGCCGAAUACCUAUCGGAGACUCAUAAGAUCCGUGUCAUUCCUUCUUUGACGACGCUAAAGAUCAUUCAAGAUAGUCCAGAGGACUAUCACAGCAACACUGGUGCCUUGAUUAUAGGCAAUCCCAAGGUUGAUGGGCUGCAACCAUUGCCAGGUGCAAGAAAGGAAGCGGAGAUGGUCGGACGACUGGUGGGUGUUCCACCUCUAGUUGAAGAGAAAGCAACGAAGCAGGCGGUACUUGAGCGGAUAAGUUCAGUGAGCUUGAUACACUUUGCUGCCCAUGGUAACGCGGAAAGAGGAGAAAUUGCACUCUUCCCCAUUCCUACUCCCAACAGUGGAAACGCUAUCCCACCGAAGGAAGCUUACAUGUUGACGAUGGCUGAUGUCUCACGAGUGAAAGUCAGAGCUAAACUGGUGGUACUUAGCUGCUGUCACAGUGGAAGUGGAGAGAUAAGAGCCGAAGGAGUUAUAGGAAUUGCCCGUGCGUUCUUAGGAUCUGGUGCUCGCUCUGUAUUGGUAGCGCUGUGGACCAUUCCAGACUCAACUACAGAGAAGCUGAUGGGUCGGUUCCACGAACACCUCAUUGAAGGAGAAAGUGCCAGUGAAUCCCUUCAUCAGGCCAUGAAGUGGAUGAGAAAAAACGGCUUGAACAAAAUGUCUGAGUGGGCGUCGUUUACGCUGAUUGGAGAUGAUGUGAGACUCGAGUUUGACAAGCAGCGGCAAGACUCAGUGAGAACAGGUAUUUCAUAA